AAUCGAAACACGAAUUUUUUCGGAAAUUUUCUUCGGGAGUUUUUCUGCGGUUUUCAGUUUUCUUGUCUGUCUUUGUCUCUUCCCUUUUUCUCUUCCUUUUUUUCUGACGUUUCACAGUCCCCAAGUAGAACAUAACAGCGAGAAUCCUGCGUGUCUAAUUCUUAACCAGCAAUCACGUUUCAGCAGGAACGCUGAAUUUUAUACACAGGCAGCGCGUGGUACAGGGUAAUUGAGCGGUCCGCCGUGUUUGGGGUUUCGGUUCUCUCGGUUCUCCCGUUGACGCUUGAUGCUGUCGGGACGCGGGCGGUUGUUUACCGCGUGGAAUUAUCUAUCAGGAUCAUUUUCCCGUCGGAAUAUGUCGCAGACACUCGCUCUCCCUGCCUCCACGCUCCAGGAAGAAGAGCCCCAAGAAAUCAACGUACUUGACAGUAGUACAGGCACCCCCUCAGUUAUCGUCACACGCAAACGCCACCCCAGUCCCGCUCCGCAUCCGCCGCCGCGCAAACGCCGCGGGAAGGCCACGGCGGACGUGGUGGACCUGGAGAACAUCCGCCAUAUCAACUACUAUUUCGAGAAUGGACUGCGCAAGGUGGCCCCGUACUACUUCACCUUCACGGCGCACGCCAAAGAGCGCUGGUUCGGCCGGACGUUGGGCGACGUCUUCGCUACUGAGUUCUUCGCUGUGAAUGAGGAAGUGGUGCACGCACGGCUGGAGUCGCCGACGCUCUUCGCCAACGGCGUCAAAGUCACCAAGGAACAUCGGAUUAAAAACGGUGAUUUCAUCGCGCACUACAUGCACCGGCACGAGAUGCCGGUGUCGGCGCAGCCUAUCCGCAUUAUCGCCGAAACGGCGGAGCUGCUGGUGGUGGACAAGCCGGCGUCCAUCCCGGCGCACCCCUGCGGCCGCUUCCGCCUCAACACCCUCAUGUACAUCCUGGCCAAGGAGAAGGGCCUCAACAACCUCCGACUGAUCAACCGGCUGGACCGGCUGACCUCCGGCCUGAUGAUCCUAGCCAAGACCCCCGCGGCGUCCCUGCGGCUCUCCCUGCUCCUGCGCGACCACUCCAUCCGCAAAACGUACCUCGCCCGCGUCCGCGGCGCCUUCCCUUCGACCCCCCUGACCUGCCAGGCCCCCAUCGAGACCGUCAACCCCCGCGCGGCCCUCAACCGCGUCGUCGCCGGCUCCCCGCGCUUCUGCAGCACCCACUUCCGGCGGCUAUCCCACGACCCGGUCAGCGACACCUCCCUGGUGCAGUGCGAACCCUUAACGGGGCGGACGCACCAGAUCCGGGUGCACCUGCAGCAUCUGGGACACCCCAUCCCCAAUGAUCCCAUGUACGGACCCGACGCCCCGCUUUUUGGGGAACACGGGGAGGUGCCGGGGGAGGAGGACGCGGAGGACCUCGAGCGGGAUGAGGGGCUCAAGGGGGUCAAGUACGCGAGGAGGGAGCGGUUGCCGGAGACGGAGUGGGCGGACGCGGAGUGUCCCGAGUGCUGGAUUGAGUUCGUCGACCCGCCGGCGGACCUCCGGAUUGAUUUGCACGCCUGGAAGUACGCCGGGCCGGGGUUCGAGUACCAGACGGAGCUGCCCGAGUGGGCCGCGUCCUUAUUAACCGCGGAAGCCGCUCCCGAGGCGGGCGGUGUGGCGACAGACGCUGUUUAAUUAAUUGCGAAUUUUUGUGUGAUUUUUUUUGGCGAUUAAAUGGAAAAUAAAA